AUGCCGGACCCUGAAGAUAAAGAAUCUAAAGAACAGGAGCGAGUAGACCGACGUCGAAUCAAAGCGACAUUUAAACGGGAUAGUGCUAUAGCAAGUAUUCGCGCGAUUCAUUCAUUGUCCGUGAAAGCAUCCACUAAUAGUGAUGUAGUUCCAAAAUUCUUAGUCGCCGCUCGCAGCUUAAAUAGCUUGUGGACGCAAUUUGAAUUGGAGGAUAGCAUGGCGCUUGAGUGUAUGAUCGCGUUGGGCACAUACGCGAAAUAUAGUGAAGUACUUCCGUCGGAAAUUCGUGCUCUUGUCGACGAAUCUAUUUCUGUUGCUGAAGCUUUAGCACCGACUGAGACUCCGGAUGCCGUUCCACCCAAAAUUCAACGGUCAUCACGUCUACCGGAAAUUCCAUUGCCGUCGUUUGACGGAGAAUUGUCAGGGUGGCCGGUUUUUCAUGAUCGUUUUACCGUACGUGUUGUGAAAGAUACCGAGCUUACAAAUAUAGAACGGUUCUAUUACCUCUUAGGGUGUCUUACCGGUAAAGCUCUUUAUGCCGUAAGAAACAUCCUGGUAUCUGAGAGCACCUAUGACCUUGCUUGGUCAACUUUGGUUGAGCGUUUUGACAAGCCAAGGCAGUUAGCGACAAUUAUCGUCGACAAACUUAUAACUGCCCCUGUCCAUUCACAAGAAACAGUAGAAAGUUUAAAAGAUUUUAUAAGUUUGUUUUCGGACCACGUGUCAGUGCUUAAAUCGUUGAAUAUUCCGCACCUCGGUGAAUUUCUCCUGUUCGCAUUGUCUGCGCGCUGUUUACCGUUGUUCACUCGCAAGGCAUUUGAAGAGACGAAUAAUGCUGAAUUUCCUGAGUUUUCGGAUAUUGCUGCAUACGUCAAGGCCCGUGUAUCGCUUCUGGAGGCAGUCCACUGUUCUAAUGUUCCAAAACAUCCUACUCACACUCAUAGUCAUUCGAAACCAGUUCCAACUAGGUUUGGAUCAAAAGGUUCGAAGGUUUCGUUGCUGUCUUCAAAGACUGAUGAUUCGGCCUCAUCAAAGUGUCUGUUCUGUUCGGGAAGCCAUGCAUCAGUCGCGUGUAAUGAGUUUUCAAAAAUGUCUCUGGAUGAGAGGUAUGACGUCGCCCGUAAGACUAGGAUCUGUUUUCGGUGUCUUAAUUCAACUCAUUGGUCUAAUCAUUGUAAAACAGCCAAACCGUGUACUAAGUGUUCUGGUCGUCAUCACACUUUAUUACACCCCGUAAGUAAGCCCUCGUCGUCUUCUGACUCGACUCCGGUUGUCACAGCGUCAACAACCUCUUCAAUUACGAACUCACUAAACAAAACAACUGUACUUUUGGGAACAGCCUUAGUUCACGUGCGUGAUCGCUCUGGUUAUAUGCAAUCUGUUCGAGUUCUUAUUGACUCUGCCUCUCAGAUCUCCGCCAUGUCCAUCGCCUAUGUGGAUCGUCUGGGACUAAAAAGAAGUAGAUGGACCGCACCGAUAACUGGCUUGACUGGCGUAUCGAUACCAGCAAUAUCAGGAAAAGUCGAUUGUUAUAUGACGCCCAGACAUACUACGGACCCAACAUUUUCCUUAACUGCUUGGGUCAUGCCAACUAUAGUUUCAAAUAUGCCAUCUCAACAUCUACCGAAGCUUAUCAAGGACAAGUAUUCCCAUCUUGCUUAA